AUGGACUCCAUGGGCCGCACCGGCUACGGCGCCGGCAGCGGCGCGGGCGGUGCGCGGGCGGUGCUGGGGCAACGAGCCACGGUGUUGCUGCCGCCCACAAACUUUGAGCAGGCCGAGGAGAGCACGCAAAAUGCCCCGGACACGCAGCUCACGCUGGAGUGGGCCUAUGGCUACGGCGCGGCCGGACUCCACUGGAUCUCAGAGGAUGAGUUUGUCUUCCCGGUGGCGGCGCUGGGAGUGGUUCAGUGCCUGAAGCCAGCGAAGCAGAAGUUCUUCAUCGGCCACAGCAAGAGGAUCACGUGCCUCAGCUACUGCGCUUCGGCGCGGCUCUGUGCCAGCGGGCAGAUGGACCCCAAGGGCACGGGAGGUCCUUUCAUUUGCCUCUGGCGGCCGGCGGAUUGCAUCCUGCUCUCCGUGCUGGCCUUUCCUAUGCACGAGGAGCAGAUCUGCUCCUUGUGCUUCAGCCCCGACGGCAGCCAGCUCUUCACCAUGGGCCGAGACCGCACCAACACCUUAGCGCUUUGGGAGAGCUUCCUGCCGCUGAAGGCGGGGUUCCCGGUCAGCAAGGCGUUGACGGACCUGCCCAAGGUCUUCCGGAAGCCCUUGGCCAAGGUCUCCACAGGCAAAGUCCCCGCCUUCGGCAUGGCCGCGAGCGGAUCGAGCGCCAACUUCCAGUUCGCCACCUACGACGCAGGCCGCGACAGGUCCUCGGGGGUCCUCUUGAAGUUCUGGAGCGUCUCGCAGGGCGAGCUCCGUGGCCGCGGCGCGAUCUUCCCGGCGGCGGAGCAGCCGCGGCACGUGUUGAACUGCGCGUGGAUAGGCGCCGGCACGAGGUGCCUGGCCUGCGGGGACAAUGGGUGCCUCUACAUCUUCGAGGGCAACCAGGCGGUGAUGUGCCAGCGCAUCUCCCAGCAGCCCUUGGGCUUCGCGCUGGAGAUCUCGGAGGGCGAGCUUCUGCUGGGCGCCAAAAAUGGGGUGCUGCAUUUCGCGAAGCUCAAGCAGCUGGAGCGGCCUGAGCGGGGCCUGGAGGUGUCCUCCCAGCCGCUCCACGAGCUCCCGGGCGCCGCGCUGCUCCGCGGAGGUCGGCCCCUGGCCUUCGCGGCCGCCGCGAAGGCCGCGGCGGGCAAGGCGCUGCUGGGUUCCGACAACCACCACUUGGUGGUGCUAGACGCAGCCAAUCGCAGGUUGCUGUCAGUGCCGCAGCUGAGCCACGGGGGAGAACUGCAGGCGCUGUGUUGCCACCCGGACCCCCAGCUGCAGCUGUUGGCCAGUGGGGGCACAGACGCGUGCAUCAGAUUUUGGGAUGCCAAAGAGCACGUUCCCGUGGUGGGACGCAUUUUGGACUUUGCAACUUCGCGGAAUGGAGCACCGCCGGGGGUCUACUCCUUGGGCUUUUCCCCCUCCGGCGCUUCCCUGGCCGCUGGCUUGGGGGACGGCAAGCUGCAGUGGCUACGCUUCCCGCAGCUGCAAGGCAGCGCCUGCAGCUUGGGGAAGGAGAGGCUCAGUGCGCUCUGCUUUGUGGAGGAGGAGAUCUUAGUUGUUGGGAGCUGGGAUCAAGUCGUCUACCUGGUGAACAGCAGCCUCCGCAUUUUGAGGGUGAUGAAAGGCAAUUCCAGCUCGGUGACCCACAUGCAGAUCACGGCGGACCGGACCUUCCUCAUGACCAACUCCAAGGAUGGCCAGGUCCUCUACUUCAACCUGGCCACCGGUGAGCGGAUCACCCAGGAGACCACCCGGGACGCGUCCUGGGCCUCUUGGACCUGCCCCAUGGGCUGGCCUACGAUGGGCAUUUGGGGGGCCAACAAGAGCUACAGCGUGACGGACGUGAAAUGCUGCCAGAACCUUCGAUCCCAAGGCGAGCUGCUGGCGAUGGGCGACACCUCACACUGCGUGAAGCUUUUUCGGUUCCCGGCGCUGGGCAACGCAGGCUGUCACACCUACGACGCGCACGGCGCCUUUGUGACGGCGAUGGUCCCACUGCCGUCGGCGGGAGAGCAACAUCAACACCUAGUCACGGCGGGCGGCGACGAUCAUGCAAUCUUGCAAUGGCGACUGGCCGGUCCAGCACUCCACCCCGACCCCUCUGCGCGCACUCGAGCCUGGCAUGACGAGCACAUGGAGGAGCCCAAACCGGUGCAGCUCCUGCGCCCCUCGGAGGCGAGGCAUGGUGCGCGAAAUGUCGCCGCGGCCUUGGCCUCGCAAAGGCCGCCAUGGGAGUUGGAUGAGAGGCCGAAUGAGGGCGCGCGCCCAGCGCGGAGCAAGAGCAAGGGAUCAACACCAGGUGCCUGGGUGCAGCACGGGAAUCCCGCCGCGCCCUACGCGGAGCAUCCGGAGAUCACUGAGCGCAGGUCGCCAGGGCGGGCGCCGGGCUCAACACGAGCGGCCUCCGGUGGCGUGGCCGGCCGCAGCACUGAGCAGCUCGGCGCGGCCGGCGCCAGCCGCCGGGCUGCCAGCGCUUCGGUUUCGGCUUCGGCCGGGCCGGGCGCUGGAGUGGCCACGGGCGUGCGUGAAGAGCGGAGGACCUUCAAGCAGAAGGGCCUCUUCAGUGGUAGGGACUGGGUGGACCAGGGUGCGAUCCACCCAGGGGUGGCCAGCCAUGCGCAGGCGGGGUACGAGCAGUGGACGAUGCCGGACUGGGACUGGGAGGAUCCGCCGCGUGGCCGUCGGCACGCGAACCUCAGAUGA